AUGUGUCUAUCAGUCCCUGGAAUGAAUGUACUAGGAUGUAAAUGGGUCUACAAAAUCAAACUUAAGGAAGAUGUCACUUUAGAGAGACACACAGAUAGACUUGUAGUUCAGGGCUAUAAUCAAAUUGGUGGUGUGGAUUAUGAGGAAACUUUUAGUCCAGUAGUUAAGCCAUCUACUAUCAGAUGUGUUCUCAGUCUUGCCUUAAAUAAAAAAUGGCCCAUUAGGAAAUUGGAUGUAUCCAAUGCUUUCUUACAUGGAGAUUUAAAUGAAGAUGUGUACAUGAUGUUGCCUCCUGGUUUUGUCUCUAUAGGAAUCCUUCUUAUCAAGUCUGGUGUUAAAAGGAUUCUUCUGGUCUAUGUUGAGGAAAUUAUACUAGUUGGCAGUUCAGAUGAUGUGUUAUCCACUUUUAUUACUUCUUUAAGUGCUGCUUUUGCUAUGAAGCAUUUGGGAUCAUUAUCUUAUUUUUUAGGUAUGGAAGCACUUUUCACUUACAACACCAAUUCUUUGCUUCUUACUCAAAAUAAAUAUUCCUUGGAGUUAUUAAAGAAGUUUGACAUGUUAGAAUGCAAACCAUGCAAAACACCAAUUGCUCCAGGUCAAAGAGACUCUAUUUCUGAUGGUACUGUUUUAAAGGAUUCUUCUACUUAUAGAAGUUUAGUUGGAGGUCUUCAAUACUUGGCUUUUACAAGGCCUGACAUCAGUUAUGAUGUGAACUAUGUUUCACAAUUCAUGCACAAACCAACUGAUAUUCACUUGCAGCUUCUUAAAAGAAUUUUGAGGUAUAUUAAAGGCUCUUUAAGAUCUGGUAUUACUCUUAUUAGGGGUAACUGCACUACUAUUACUGCAUAUAGUGAUAGUGAUUGGGAUGGUUGUCCAUAUUCUAGAAGAUCCACAACUGGUUAUUGUGUGUUUCUGGGAGAUAAUCUGGUUUCUUGGUCAUCCAAGAAACAACCAACUAUAGAUCAUUCUUCCACUGAAGCUGAAUACAAAGCUUUGGUUGUUGCUGCUUCUGAAGUUAGAUGGAUUUCAUAUAUUUUGGAUGAAUUGGGAGUUCCUCUUACUACUCCUUGUCUCAUGUACUGUGCUAAUAUGGGAGCAAGAAGCUUAGCUUCAAAUCCAGUCUGCCAUGCUCGCACCAAGCACAUUGAAGUAGAUUAUCACUUUGUCAGAAGUUUGGUCAUGAUUGGAUUUCUCUUUGUUAAAUAUGUUCAUACUCUGGACCGAAUUGCAAAUUUUUUUAUAAAGGGUCUCAACAAGAAGUUGUUCUUCAAGUUACAAGGAAAACUGAUGCAUUACCAGAGUGUUCAGUUUGAAGGGGGUUGUAAGAGAACAUAA